AUGACCGGCGAGAAGGUGAAGGACAUCGGGCCUGGUGAGGCUCCGGACUAUGAUACUAAGGAUAGCACUAAGGUCCACUCGACAAGUGAUUCCGCUUCUGCUUCUUCGAUAGAGGACCGACGUGGGACUGUCAAGAACGUUGAUUGUGCGUUCGAUACUACAGAGGAUCCCCGGUACUAUAAGCCUAUUGAGAGCUAUGAAGGGUAUCACCGCUGGGAUCCAGAAUUCGAAUGGACCGAAGAGGAAGAGAAGGCAGUUGUCCGGAAGAUCGACUGGCGGAUCUGUACAUUUGCCUGCAUGACAUUUUUCGCUCUCCAGCUGGACCGUGGUAAUGUGGUUCAAGCCACUUCCGACAACAUGUUGGCAGACUUAGGCCUGACAACAAACAACUAUAACACCGGCCAAACAAUCUUUCUCUUGACUUUUCUUUUCGCUGAAUUGCCAUCUCAAUUGAUCUCUAAAUGGGUCGGCCCCGACCGCUGGAUUCCCAUCCAAAUGGUCUCUUGGAGUUUGAUUGCAGCCUGCCAAGCCUUCGUAAAGAAUAAGAGUGGCUACUACGCUUGCAGAGCGAUGCUCGGUCUUUUGGAAGGUGGAUUCAUCCCGGAUACUAUCCUUUUCCUAUCUUUCUGGUACAAAACCAAGGAACUGCCUAUCCGUCUCAGCUACUUCUGGGUUUCCUACCAAGGAACUUCAAUUGUCAGCGCAUUUCUCGCAUACGGAUUCUUGCACAUUCGAAACUCGGAAGGAACAGGUGGUUGGCGAUACCUGUUUGCCUUCGAGGGUCUGAUUACCGGUGUGAUUGGACUCAUCGCCGCAGUCUGGAUGCCCGCAUCUCCAACGCAGACCGCUGGAUGGUUCCGUGGCAAAAAUGGCUGGUUUAAUGAGCGUGAAGAGAAAAUCAUGGUUAACCGUAUCUUGCGCGAUGACCCUAGUAAGGGAGGCAUGCACAACCGCCAGGCGGUUACUCCCAAGAUGCUUUGGAGCGCGCUCAAGGACUACGAUAUGUGGAUCAUUUACAUCCUGGGCCUGAGCUGGAUGAUUCCCACUGUACCCACCGCCAGCUAUAUCAGUCUAGAACUGAAAUCGCUGGGCUUCGGUACUUUCCACACCAACCUACUGACCAUCCCCGCCUAUGUGAUCUUCAUCGUGAACCUGUUGUGGAUUACGUGGGUCUCCGAAAGAUUCAAUCAGCGUCUCCUCCUAGGUGUCUUUGCCGAAUUUUGGGCGCUAGUCCUUCUGAUCGCUCUGGAAGUGCUUCCAGACGGAGCCAGUACCUGGGCUCGAUGGGCUCUAAUCGUGUUGCUGCUCUCUAUGCCGUACGUUCACGCGAUAAUUGUGGCGAUGGCCUCACGUAAUGCAGGGACAGUAAGGACACGAACGGUUGCUACUGCGCUAUACAACAUGUCGGUUCAGGUCAGCAAUAUCAUCGGUAAUAAUGUCUACCAAGCCAGCGACAAGCCGUACUAUCGCACUGGCAAUGCUGCGUUGAUUGGUGUUGCGGUUUGGAGUGGGCUGUUGUUUAUUGCGGCCAAAAUGUACUAUGUAUGGCGAAACAAGCAAAACGCUGCUAUCUGGGACAACAUGUCAAGCGAAGAGAGGGAGCGCUAUGUCGCCGAGAAUAGCCACUUGGGCAAUAAAAGAGUUGAUUUCCGUUUCGUUCAUUAA